ACAAGUGCCUGGGUCCUCCUGGGGCGAGGGAGGGUGGUGAAAUGUGGAGCCCGUCCUGUGCGGUGGUGGCCCGCGCCGAGGCGUGCCGCGGGGAGGAUAGCGGGGGCAAUGAAGCAGGCUGGGUGUCUGGCGGGCUACGCGAAGGAUGUGUAUUGCCCUCGGCAUGCAUGCAUGUGUGUGUGUCUGUCUGUGCGGGGUCCUUACAGGGCCCUCGGGAGCCUGGGGCCACCACCCGCGGCCGUCCGGCGCCAAGUCCGUGGCAAACACGUUGAGGCGCCGGGGCGCGCCGGUGAGGGCCGGCACGCAUGCAGCGGCAAACGGCCUCUCCCUUGCCCCCCCCCCGCCCCCGGGAAGCCAGGCACCCGGGGGCAAACACUUUGCGCGACGUACCCGGGGGCAAACACGCACCGGGGGAGCACGCCCGGGCGGGAGUCGACAAACACGCGUCCCGCCAAGACGGGGCAUCUCGUCGGCACGGCCCGCGUCGUGUGGCUGUUUGGGCGCCGGUUGGCCGGCUGAGGCGUGUGGUGGGUGCCUCGUCGCCGACCUCCCGCUCCCCGCGCCUGGGCCCGGCGGAAGAACGCGGCGCAUCCGUGUGCGGGUAUGCAAACAAUGGCCCCUCGGCGGCGCUCAGAUUGAGCGCGCUCCCCGGCAGAGACGGAUGCGGGGCAGCGGCCGGGUUGGAGGGGCGCGGGGGGUGGCGAUGAUGUCAGCACGCCGGGGCACGCAUGUGUGUCAGUGUGUGCGUGGGCAUGUGCGCGGGGGAGGGAGCGAUGUGCACGCCAAUAGCCGCCCUCCUGGCAUGUGUAUCUCGCGCUCGAUCAGGCACCGACAUCCUCCCCCGAGGGUCGUACGGCGGGCAUUGACGUAGCACCGGGCAGCGAUCGGCCCAGCUGUGCCCCGGCGAGACGACGGACCCGGCAUGUGCUGGCAGCGGCGACAGCGGCGGCCGCGCCCGCGGCGGGACUCCUGCCGACUAUCGGCAGGGGACAUGCGAAAGGAGGGGGGGGGGGGGGGCGGGGGGGGACCUCAAUCUUGCCGCGGGGUGUCAGCGUGAGUGCGUCGGGCACUGGCGACCGGCCGACCGGCGGGGCAUGUGUGUCGCUGGCCGGGGCCGAAUGGGCCUCCUCAACCGCGGGUAGCCUGGCAUUGGCGUCCGCGUGAGCAUGUGUGUGGACAUAUCGGUGGCAGAUGCUCCGCCCGGGGAUGGCUGGGCAUGUGCCAUGGAGUGUUGCCGGGGCGUGGGCCGGCCGGGCACGGCGGCCCCGUCGCGCGG